GCGACCCUGGCGAAAGAAGGAUCUGCAACGAGAUCCUGGCUGUGCGUUCCCAGUGUCGAGAAGAGGCUACGGGUGAAGAGCUUCAGCGCAACAUGCAGAAGUUUGGCCAACCGGUGGGAGAUGGAGCCCAGCGGUAUGAGUUGUUUCUCAUUCCUUCUGUGCUCCAGACCAAGCGAGAAGUCCUGCAGAGACUGCGCCAAUGA